AUGCCUCGAGUCCCGUUUCUGGGGAGGCUUGCUUGGGCCGAGUAUCUUGCUCUCUUCGCUUCGCUGUCGUUGGUGUUUUGUGAGGGAUUCUUGCGGCUGGUCACAUUAUGCCUUCCCGAUCCUAUAAUCCGGUUCUGUUAUCAGCAAUCAAAAGCACUGUUCAAUGCUGUAGCUUCAACUCAAACCAGGGGUUUCCGUGCCAAAACAAAAAGUGUUGCGGAGUCAAUCGCGCAUGCAGUAGACUGUGCAGACUUGUGCUCCAUAUAUGGAUAUGAAACCGAAGAACAUAUUGUCCAGACAAAAGAUGGUUACCUUCUCGGUCUUCACCGAUUACCAUAUCGUCGCGGCGAGGAGGCAGACUAUGUUAAUGCUGGGAAGAAUGGCACUCGCAAGAAAGUUGUAUAUCUCCACCACGGUCUGCUCAUGAACAGUGAGGUCUGGGUAUGCUUGACCGAUGAGCAGCGGUGUUUGCCUUUCCAGCUCGUCGAGCGAGGAUACGAUGUGUGGUUGGGCAACAAUCGUGGCAACAAAUACUCCAAAAAGUCGACCCAGAGUUCACCUGCUUCAGCGGACUUUUGGAACUUUUCUAUCGAUGAGUUUGCCUUUCACGAUAUUCCGGACAGCAUUGAGUACAUUCUUGAAGUUACCAAGCAACCGUCUCUGUCAUAUAUUGGGUUUUCUCAAGGAACAGCUCAAGCGUUUGCGGCACUUUCUGUUCAUCCGACCUUGAACCAGAAGGUGGAUGUCUUCGUUGCUCUAGCACCUGCCAUGUCUCCGGCAGGAUUAUACAAUGGUAUUGUUGAUGCGCUGAUGAAAGCUUCACCACAAGUUGUUUUUCUCGCUUUCGGACGCAGAAGUAUCCUCAGCUCCACCGCAAUGUGGCAAUCAAUUCUUUACCCGCCAAUUUUUGUGCGUAUUAUCGACAUUUCACUACAGAUGCUCUUCAACUGGACUGGCGAAAACAUCUCACAACCUCAAAAAUUAGCAGCUUAUCCUCAUUUGUACUCCUUCACUAGUACCAAGUCUGUCGUUCAUUGGUUUCAGAUCAUUCGCAACAAGGCUUUCCAGAUGUAUGAUGAUGAGGUAGGCGGGCCGUUGGCGGUUGGAAACAACAGCCGGUACUAUAAGCCCGUAAGAUAUCCUACGAGAAACAUCAGGUCGCCCAUCGUCUUGAUCUACGGUGGCAGCGACAGUUUAGUGGAUAUUGGUGUCAUGCUACGUGAAUUGCCACGGCGGACCACGGUACGAGAAAUCCCGAAAUACGAGCAUCUAGACUUUCUCUGGGCAUCGGAUGUGGACAGCCUUGUGUUUAGGCAUGUCUACGACGCUCUAGAGCGGCAUGCUGGCGGUCAAUCCACAGUGAAAAUUCCGCUGCAGAUUACCGGCCCUGAAACUGCUUCCAAUGGUGAUCAAUUAUCACUGCGUCCUGACGAAGAGGAGGUGAAACGGAACGCACCAUCGAGGCGUCACUUAAAUGCAGACUCUAUGAACUCGGUUAACGGUGAUUUUUCGCCAAAUAACUUGACGUACGGAGAUCAGGAUUGCUGA